AUGGUCCAGAAUCUGAAGGCCCUACAGGCCGCAGAUCUCAAGACACUCGUUCAGAUCAUCAAAUCCAAGAUCAAGAGGGAGAAGAUUCAAGAUGACAAGACUAUGAUCAUGGAACGGACGAUUCAUAUUGUUGCCAAGCUCCCACACAACUCUCGCCUACGAGAGCAACUGACAAACACUUUCAUUGAGGAGCUCUGGGGGUCACUUGACCAUCCUCCGAUGCUUUACAUGGGCGACGAAUACAAAUACCGUCAGGCUGAUGGAUCUUACAAUAAUCCAAUGCUCCCCAGACUAGGAGCUGCCGGAGGACCAUAUGCCAGAUCUGUCAAGCCUCGUAUCGUCACCCUGGGCGCUAUGCCGGACCCGGGCUUGAUCUUCGAUGCCGUGAUGGGGCGCACGAGCUACAAGAAACACCCCAACAACGUUUCGAGUAUUCUUUGGUAUUGGGCAACCAUUAUUAUUCAUGACCUCUUCUGGACGGACUUCAAAGACAUGACGAAGUCCAAAACGUCUGCGUAUCUUGAUCUCUCGCCAUUGUAUGGAAGCAACCAGGAGAUGCAAAAUUCAAUCAGAACCUUCAAAGAUGGCAAGCUCAAGGCCGAUAGUUUCGCUGACAAGCGUCUGAUCGGAAUGCCACCCGGAGUCUGUGUCCUCUUGAUCAUGUUCAACCGAUUCCAUAACCAUGUGGCGGAGAAUUUGGCUGCUAUCAACGAGGGAGGAAGAUUCACACCGCCAAGCAAAGAUCUCAACGAGGAGAAGACAGCUGCGGCUCUGAAGAAGUACGACGAAGACUUGUUCCAGACUGCGAGACUUGUGACAUCUGGCCUCUAUAUCAACAUCACAUUGGUCGACUACGUACGAAACAUUGUCAAUCUCAACCGUACCAACACGACUUGGACACUCGACCCCCGACAGGAGGCUGGCAUCGAUGCCGGCACACCCGAUGGGGCGGAGGCAGGUACUGGAAACGUCAACUCCGCUGAGUUCAACCUUUGCUACCGAUGGCAUUCGUGUAUCUCAGACAAGGAUGACAAGUGGAUCCAGAAGUUCUACGGCAAGCUCCUAGGCAACAAGGGCCAGAUGUCCCCCCAGGAAAUGGCCUGCGUUUUUGGGCAGUUCGAGAAGUCUAUCCCAGAUGACCCUGGCAUGCGUACUUUUGCGGAGUACGAAAGGGACGAGGAUGGAAAGUUCGACGAUGACGACCUUGUAGACUGCAUCAGCUCUGCGAUUGAAGACUGUGCUGGAGCGUUUGGAGCUCGAAACGUCCCCCAGGUUAUGCGGCCUGUCGAGAUCAUGGGCAUCUUACAAGGACGCAAGUGGAAUGUCGCUGGUCUGAACGAGUUCCGCAAGCACUUUGGCCUCAAACCCCAUGAACGUUUUGAAGACAUCAACUCGGACCCCGCUGUCGCGGAUCAACUAAGGAACCUCUACCAACACCCAGACUACGUUGAACUGUACCCUGGCCUCGUGGCUGAGGAGGCAAAGACACCCCUGACACCUGGUGUUGGCAUUGCCCCCACAUACACCAUCUCUCGUGUCGUUCUCUCAGACGCUGUCUGUCUGGUUCGCGGCGACAGGUACUACACCACGGAUUACAACCCCCGACACCUGACUCAAUGGGGUUACAAGGAGGUCGAAUAUGACUUGAACGUCAACCAUGGGUGUGUUUUCUAUAAGCUGUUCCUCAAAGCUUUCCCCGACCAUUUCAAGGGCAAUUCUGUUUAUGCCCAUUAUCCCAUGGUCAUUCCGCCGGAAAACCACCAAAUUCUCACGGACCUGGGAAGAGUCAAUCAGUUUGAUUUUGAACGCCCCAAACCCAUUCCAACAAGAACCAACAUCACAUCCUUUGGGGGUGUCAAGUACGUCUUGGACAGCCAAAGUCGGUUCAAAGUGACGUGGGAUGAGGGGCUGUCCUUCUUGAUGGGCAAGGGCGGAAGCCGCUUCAUGCUUUCCGGAGACACUGACUUCCACACGGGCCAGAAGAAGUGCAUGAGUGCUCAACUCUACCAAGACGACUGGAGUUCUCAUGUCAAGAAGUUUUAUGCCGAGAUUACGGAACAACUACUUCGCGAGAAGUCAUACAAGCUUGCUGGUCAAACACACGUUGACAUCAUUCGGGACGUAGGCAACAUCGCUCACGUUCAUUUCGCCGCCAGAGUGUUCAAUCUCCCUCUGAAGACACACAAGAAUCCCAAAGGCGUCUUCACUGAACAGGAGAUGUACCAGAUCUUGGCAGUCAUCUUUGUCUGCAUCUUCUUUGACAUCGACCCAGCCAAGUCUUUUCCUCUUCGCCAAGCCGCGAAGGAGGCAGCGCAGUCGCUGGGCAAGCUUAUCGAGACGAACGUCAAGAUCACUACGAAGACUGGACUUCGUGGGAUCUUCACUGGCUCAGCAGACAAGCAAGACCCUCUCGCAUUGUACGGAACCAACAUGAUCAAAGGUCUCGAUAAGGCCGGUCUGAGCACUUACGAUAUCGCUUGGAGCCAGAUUCUGCCUACAUCGGGAGCGAUGGUGCCAAAUCAAGCUCAAGUUUUCGCUCAAGCGGUUGAUUACUAUCUCUCACCUCCAGGGUCGAAACACCUCGAUCAAAUCCAUGCCGUUGCAAAGGCACCCUCUACUAAGGAGUCUGAUGCUGUGUUGCUUGGCUACGCCAUGGAGGGCAUUCGACUUGCUGGCACGUUCGGUUCUUACCGUGAGGCGGUCCAAGACGAUGUCAUUGUGGAGGAUGGUGGUCGAGAAGUGCCUGUGAGAAGGGGAGAUAAGAUAUUUGUCAGUUUUGUGAGUAUUCGUACCGCCCAUCCCGACUUUUGUGACUUCUCCUGA